UGGCUCCUCUGUUCACCGUGAAAUAUAGAUUUCAAUUUGCUAUCACGGUAUUCUUCUACUGACUACUGUAUAAGCAAAGGAUACUGUAAUAAUGGUUACGAAUACCCUAAAUCGUGAUUGGGAAAAUUGAAGGAUCCAGUCAAGUUUGUAGUUGAUACUAUUGUCUUUAGCAGUUGAGAUUUUAGUGACCUCAGGUGGAGCAUUAGUGUUUAAAUAGUGGUUAUAUCUGUAUGAUCGUGAAACACUUCUGUUUCCUUAUGCUAUGGUGAUUACUUUUUUAGGGUCAGCAUACUUUAUUGAUAAUUGAUUUUGGCCAUAAAUGCUAAUGCUAUUAAAGCGGAUCAUGAGACUGAACUGGCUGAGUAUUUUUUGAAUAAUAAUUGCUGUUGGCUUUUAGCAGUUAGAUUUCUUUUGUAUGCAUUCAUAUAUUCUGUCCAUCAACAGCUGAAAUCUAUUAAGAGCCUGUUUAGAUGCGUAGUACAGAGAAUUUAGCGGAGCUUAUCUAGUGCACUUUUUAGGAGAGAAGCUCCAAUAAGUGCUUUAGGGUCCGUAUCCAGACCUAAGCCACACUAAAUUAUUAAAUUUAUUUCAUAAGCAAAUUUUUGGACCGCUGCUAUAGGUUUGAUAGAAUUGCCAAUUUUCCGUAGAAUUACAUAAUUCAUGUUUUGAUUGUCAUUUAGUAAUUAAGUUCUUAAGAUUCAAGAGAUUUUGAGAGUGAGUGAAUCAGACAGAGAAGACAGUAGCCAUGUGAAUGGCAGCGAGUCCUGCUACUUCUUUUAUGUCCAAGCUGAAUUGACAUUGUCAAGAUCUCCAUCUCCUCAGAGAGAAACUUUGGUGGAAUUGAGGGAUGGCUCGAUUGGCCUUGAAAUUCCGUAGUCUGUGGCCACAACGAACCCCUUAUUUGGCUUCUUUCAAGAGAUAAAAUUGUUCUAGUCAAUCUUGACGGUGAUUUGAAUGGAGCAGAAGAGGAGGAACAAUCCUCAGAUGCAGCGAAAGGAUUUUGAGUGGCAGCCGUGGAAAAGGAUCACGGAUUAGCUCUUGAUACCAUAUACAGAUCUGAAAGAUUUUGAGAGAGAGAAUCAGAGAAAAAGUGAGAGAUUGUGAUCAGAAAACUGAACAUGAUUCAUUCUGUUCUCAUUUACAAGCUGAGGGAAAUAUGUACGAUAGAUCUAAGCUAAAUCAGCUGUAACACUAUAAAAGGGCUGCUGGUGGUUGGUUGUGCAAGUAUGGCUUCUGGUAAUCCAUUCUUUGAUCCUCCUCAAGCUGAAGAGCCAACAGAAAUUUGUGAAAUUGUUAAUGAUCCUACACCGACUGCUCUUAAACCUAAUGGGACUGUUUCAAACAGUGUUCGUGAGCUUUUGGAGUGCCCUGUGUGCUUGAAUGCCAUGUAUCCUCCAAUCCACCAGUGUUCAAAUGGUCACACUUUAUGCUCGGAUUGCAAACCCAGAGUCCAUGACCGUUGUCCUAUUUGUAUGCACCAGCUUGGUAAUAUCAGAUGUCUGGCAUUGGAGAAGGUGGCUGCAUCUUUAGAACUUCCUUGUAAAUAUCAAGGUUUUGGGUGCAUGGGCAUAUACCCAUAUUACAGCAAGCUAAAACAUGAAUCUCAAUGUGCAUUCAGACCUUAUAACUGUCCAUAUGCUGGUUCUGAAUGCGCUGUUGUGGGUGAUAUACCAUACCUGGUGGCCCAUCUGAAAGACGAUCAUAAAGUGGACAUGCACAGUGGUUGCGCUUUUAAUCAUCGCUAUGUCAAAUCAAAUCCACAAGAAGUUGAGAACGCCACAUGGAUGCUAACGGUCUUUAGUUGCUUCGGCCAGUAUUUCUGUCUGCAUUUUGAAGCUUUUCAACUAGGAAUGGCUCCUGUCUACAUCGCGUUUUUGCGGUUCAUGGGGGAUGAUAAUGAGGCAAAGAACUACACCUACAGUCUCGAGGUGGGAGGGAAUGGUAGGAAGAUGAUUUGGCAGGGUGUGCCUAGAAGCAUUAGGGACAGCCACCGCAUGGUUCGUGACAGUUUUGACGGCCUCAUCAUUCAGAGGAACAUGGCACUCUUCUUUUCAGGGGGUGACCGGAAGGAAUUGAAACUGCGAGUUACAGGAAGGAUUUGGAAGGAACAGUGACCGGAGAAGAUGUCUUUGCUUUCAUCUUGCCAUUGUAUUAAGCAGAAUAGGUUUUAGUGCAUUCCUUGUAGCGGAAUGGAAUCUUCUGGUCAUGUAUUGCUUCUUGUAAUUUAGGAGGCAAAAUCCCGUUGCUUACCUUUCAAAUGCAUGAACAGGAAGGUGUAUCUUGUAACAUCAUGAUAAAUGUAGACCUUUAAGGUGCUUCCAAUAUUCUACUUUCUUCUGAGUC